AUUCAAUAUCAACCAAAUAUAGGAUAUAUGAUUUAUUUGAUACAUAUUCCAACUUAGUAAAUUGGAUCAACCAAACAACAUAAUGUGAACAUAAGUACGUUACAACUUUAUUUUGUUCUUACAAAAUCUCUAUUCCAUUCCAUAUUUGUUUGAUUCAACAAACCUAUCAUGCUGUAAUAUCUUUUGUGACAAGUAAAGAAGAUUAUAAUUACAUAGACAUCUCAAGUCUUAAUUUUUCGAUCCUUCCAUUCUAAGGUUUUCCUCUUCUGUGUCAUUUGCUUUUCUGCUUAUACUAUUUAGAUUCUUCAGUUCAUUGCAUAGCUAAGUUCUCAAAAUUGCUAAUUAUUUAAUUCUUUGUUCUGGAACUUGUGCUCUAGUUUGUGCAGAAAAAUUAUUGCUGUUUGUACUAUAAUGAUUUCUUGAGGAAUCCCUUGUUUAUAUACAACAGUACAGCCCAUAUUCUUUCAGAUCUGUUACUGCCUUUACUUAUGGCUUUAAAUUUAAAGUUUGGGCUGUGAGUGCUCGUAUUCCUAGUGGUUAGAAGUUUUCUAUAGAAAGAGAGCAAACUGUAAUGAGUGGAAACUGUCCCUUGGUCAUUUUUUGACAGCAUUCUAAAUGUAUAACAAUGUUUAAAUGUACAUGACAAUAUAACCUGAAGCAGUUCUGAAUUUAUGCAAAUUCAUGUUAUCUCUUUUAUUCGGACUUGUAAGCUUAUGAAUGUUAUUUUGCAUAUGCUUCUUUUUGUCUGGCUUUGUCAAUGGGUUGAAAAGAAGGUUAUUUAAUUGGUCUGGCAGGGCCAAUAUUGUUGCCCUUCCAUGCAGCAUUUUUUCAGAGCUGAUUCCUGUCCUGUAUAUAAACAGGCUAGUCUUCAAGUAGCAAUAUUUAUAUUAUCUAAAAGUAAAACCAAUCUAAAUGUACAACCAACCUUUUCUUUUGUAGCAUUUAAGAGUGAACAACUGAAUACACUUACCGAAGUGAGGCAGUGUGCUCUUAAGAUGAUUGCAUUUAGUCUCGAGUGAAACUUAUGAUGGCCUUUAUCGUCCAAGCAAAAAAAGGAAUGCAACCAUCCAGCUGUUCGCAAAAAAGUUGGAAUUUAUGUACACUGCAUCUCUACACGUGGCAUUUGCAUCCAUGUGAAGCAUGCAUACGUUACUGAUUGUCCAACAUUUUGACUGCAGCAACGUUCGUUGAAAUCAAGGCAUUAGUUUGCUUAUCAUUAUUCUUUUAACUGAAGGUUUGCAUGUGCUGCCUUAGUUCCCUGAAGAAGCAAGGCUCGUAAUCGUCAGGGCCUGUUUUUCUCCUGACAAUUUUGACGUGAUGACAAGAGCACAGAUAUGGAGCAAAUGACUUCCUGGCAAGCAAAGACAAUAAGCAACUUUACAAACAGAAGUAAAGCCAUUUAUUACCAGGCACCUUCUAUCUUGAUGGAGUAGCUUCGGAGAUUUUAAGUCAAGAAUGUCCAAUUAGAACACCACAAUGGCUUCAAUCUGUGAAAAUGGUUUACUAGUUAGUGGCUGGUACAUCUUCUCAUGUGAAGGAAGCUUGCCUGCAUUCCUACAGGCUUCUAGCUUUGCAUGCUAAAAUGGGGAAUGGUAUUAGCAGUUUGAAGAUUGUUGGAUGUGAAGUCGGCAACGAUUUUCUACCCAUGCAGUGAAAGAUGGGAAGCUGCUAGUACAAUGUUUCUCCAAGUCUUAAUGUCAAUCAUCUACAACAUGAGAAGAUGACUGAAAAAUAUUGUUCAGCUCAGAAUCUACACUUUGUGCAACAUGAUUGUGUUAUUUUAUUGGCAGACUUUCCCUAUAAUACCCCGCGCACACGGGGAAAAACAAGCAAUUUGAGUGAGUGGAAAAAAAGUAGAUAGUCUUUCCGUAUCAACAUUCACCGUGGGACCCACAACGCGCUGCCAUGUGGACCCAACUCCAUACAGAGUUUCAUCCCAGCCGUUGAUUUCUUCGCCAAUUUAAAUAAAUAGGGUUUGCGGCUCUGGGACCCUCAUUCACUUUGGUAGGGCUCGCAAAGAGGAUAAGUUGUGGGGUAUUUCGCCUUCCUUAGGUUUGCGAAACGACUCGAAAGCCAGUCAACAUGUUCUUCGAAUAUUAUAAUUAGGGUUCCGGAAGAUUUUCUUCUCUUUCAAUUUUCUGAUAACUUCUGGCUUUAUUAUGAUAAAGUCUCGUUAAUCUUUUGGUUUUUGGUUCAACAUGGAGGCGAAUCAAGAAGGCCGGGCGAUACAGGAAAUUGAUGAAAACGUGAUCAUCAGAAGCCACAACAACGAGGAAGAAAGCAACGAACUAACAGGGUACCAGCAAGAACCAGGGAUUGCUAUGAAGGAAGAAGAGCUAUCCGACUCAGAGCACCAAGAAUUGGACGACUCCUCUCUCCCAGCCGCUCUCGUUCCGGUCAUGUCGAAGUCAAUUAACCGGGCCGUGGGGACCAAACGUCCGUCAAAAGACCGCCACACCAAGGUUGAGGGCCGUGGCCGUAGGAUCCGAAUGCCUGCGACCUGUGCCGCGAGGAUCUUUCAACUGACUCGAGAGCUGGGUCACAAAUCCGAUGGCGAGACGAUCAGGUGGCUGCUGGAGCACGCAGAGCCCGCCAUUAUCCAAGCUACUGGAACCGGCACCAUCCCUGCAAUUGCGGUUUCAGUGAACGGAACUCUGAAGAUCCCAACUACUUCUCCGGCCAAGGAACAAGGCGGUGGGGAAUUUGCUAGAAAGCGGAGGAAGAGAGCGGCUAACAGCGACUUCAUUGAUGUCAAUGAGCACUGUGCUCACCCCAACUCGGUUUCUUCAGGGCUCGCACCCAUCAAUACCCCUGCUAUGACAUGUGCUGGAGUUAAUGUGAAUGUCAGCCCACAAGGGCUUGUCCCUUUAUGGCCUAUGGGCACUUUUUUGUUGCCCCCACAGUCUGGCGUUGGUGGGGCUGCCAUUGCUGGGUCCAGUCAGACGCAAUUGUGGGCAAUCCCUGCCGCUGCUACACCCUUUUUCAAUGUUGCUGCCAGACCCAUAGCUAAUUUCGUCUCCGCUAUGCAGCCAGGUGGUGCUGGGGUUUCACUAGAAGCAGUGCAUGUUGGUGCUAGCAGUGGCGCUAUGGGGUCAAGUCUCGCUGCCAGUUCAAGCUCUGGUGCGACAAGUAAUGGUUCUACCACCGGUGGAAGCAGUAGUAGUACUAGCGCUGCUGCUGCUAAUAGUACUAGCACUACACAGAUGCUUAGGGACUUUUCUUUGGAGAUUUAUGAUAAGCGAGAGCUUCAAUUCUUGGGUCGUCCUGCAAAUCAGGAGACGUCUUGUUCAAAGCCCUAGAUUUUGACUAGAAGGAGGAUGAAGAUGAUGGGAUAUACAGUAAACAGUUAGGGUUGAUGCUAGGGUUUUAGAACUUUUUUUUUUUCCUGGUUUUUUUCCUGUAAUUCAAGUGAAGAAAAAGAAAACAGAUACAGAACAGUUUUUCGUUUUAUCUGGAAGAUGAUGAUUAUCUGUAUUUUAUAAUUUUAUAGGUUCAAGGCCUCGUGUCUUUUUUUUUUUUUUUAAUUUUCUUAAUUAUUAUUAUCUUUAACUUCUCCCUCCGGUGGAAGGAGUAAAAGGGUUUGCUUUUUGUGAAUAUAAGGGUGGGUCCCGUUGAUGACUCAUGUCUGACGUGGAUUCCCACGUGGAAGGCGGGUCCCAUUUUGGGGA